GAGCUUUCCAAAGUAUAAGGUUGUCAUUACGUAAAGUACAUAUAUGUUUAGUGAAACAUUUAUAUCUGCUGAAAUAAUAUAAAUUGUUAAAGGAAUUAGAUUUCUCGAAACGUCGUUGUAAACUUCUGGAACUAGAAUUAGAGCAACAUGAAUUUGGACAAUAUACGUAAAUCUUUUGUAUUUAUUGUUAUCACAAUUAUUCUUGCCGCAUAUGGCGAGUUGCAUAAUAACUGCAGCAUUUCGAUCGACUCCCCUUCGAAGGUGGUACCGAUUCACUACAACAUAAGUUUCGAUCCCGAUGUCAAAGCAGAUUUCAACAAGUCAAUGCUGUCUAAACCAUUAAAUAAAUACAAAUAUCGCUUAUUUGCUGGAAAAUCCAGCGUAACCAUCAGUACAUUUAGAUCAACGCAAACCAUAAGAUUAUUUGAAGAUUAUAAAAUAAACGAAAGAAUAAUUUAUAUAAUCUCAGCCAAGUUGAUUAAAAGCAAUGGCGUUGUUUAUAAUCAGUUUGUCAAUGUCGAUUCGGAUAUUUUAAUACUUCGUUCUAAUACCACAUUUCGUCCCGGUCUGUACACUCUACAAAUGAAAUUCAUCCGUGGAACAAAAGAUGAAAAGGUAGAAGGCUUUUUCAGAAGAUAUCACCAAAAUAAAAAUGGACAUACAUUAUUUAUGCUCGCUACAUAUCUUCACACAAUUGGAGCACAAUAUAUAUUUCCCUGCUGGAUUGAUCCGAUAUUCAGAACCACGUUUGCCAUUUCUAUAAAGCAUCACCACAAUUAUACGGCCAUAUCCAACAUGCCGGUGAAAACUAAUGAUGUGAUCAAUAGUGAUUUUAUGUGGACAAACUUCUCUACUACUCCUCCAUUAUCUACUCAUCACAUUGCGAUUGUUGUGACGAGCUAUGGCUUCGUUCGUAUUAACGAAAGUAUCACUUUGUGGUGUAGAGAAUGUUCUACAAAGUCACCGUUUACAUUCGCAAUGAAUAUUAUAAAUAAUGUCACGCAAUAUGUGCAAUCUGAAUUUGUAGAAGUAAAAAUUCCAAAAACGGAUCAUAUUGUAAUUCCUGAUUUUCCACAAGACGGUACAUCAAAAUGGGGACUCAUCUUUCAUAGGGAAGCAGAUCUUAUAUACAAUGUAGAAUAUGAUCCAAUUAUGCGGAAAAUAGAAGUUGCGCGCUUAAUAGCACAUAAAAUAUCUUUUCAAUGGUUUGGUAACGCAGUUAGUUCAUGUUGGUGGUCUUUCAACUGGUUACACGAUGGUCUUGCUACAUUAUACGGAGAGAAUGCUGUCGUUAAGUCUUUAAAUAAUUCCGGAAUAAUGGACUUUUUCAUAGUUCAGAAUCAAUACGAAUCUCUUCACUUGGAUGUACAUACCAGUAUAAAUCCCAUACAAAUUGUCAACGUUUCCCAGAUUGAAUCUAUAUUUAAAUUUCCUAGAUAUAUUAAAGUACCAAUUAUUUUACGGAUGAUUCAAGUCUCAGUUACCGAUUACGCAUUUCGAACUGGUGUCCGCACAUAUUUACGCAAUUACUUGUUUUGCUCACUGACGCCCGAUGAAUUCUGGUUUACACAACAAGACGUUGCUAAUGUGUUACGCCAAGUAUUCUCGUCACAAUAUUUUCCAUUUUGGUUAAGUCAUAAUCAUUACCCUGACUUGAUCUGGAGGCAAAGGGAACUUAACUCGGGUGCUUUGGAGCAAUUAUUCGGUGGAUUUUGGAUACCAACAGCUUUAUUAGUGAAGAGUUUUCUUCCUUCCAAUAUUAAACUGUGGCUAACUCUGGACGAACCGUCUUAUGAGAUGCUUCAUACUCUUCAAGAUGGUUGGAUAAUAGUCGACAUCCAGCAAGCUGGAUAUUAUCGCAUUCAUUACGAAGAUGACAACUGGGGCAAAAUUAUAAAUUACUUAAAUUCUGACGAAUAUAAAAAUAUAAGUGUCAUCAAUCGUGCUAAAAUCAUUGAUGACGCGUUUCAUUUGAUGACAUUACGCUCGCUCAAUGUAUCCAUAUUCUUGAAACUUGUAAAAUAUUUAUGGAAAGAGACCGAUUAUGCAGUAUGGUAUCCUUUCAUCAAAGGAAUGGAAUAUAUUUCCAAUGUGUUUCCAAUAUCACAAUAUAAUCCGUUGGCAUUCAGAGAGACAUAUGACGAGGUAAAUGAGAAGGGAACGAAAAUUAAUUUUGCUUAUAUAAAGGGAAAACUGAAAAAAUUAUUUUCCAAUUCUUUGGAUAAACUAGGAUUUGAAAAAGGUCCGAUGGAAAACGAACUUACUGAAUGUUUAAGGCAAGAUAUUGUAAAAUGGGCGUGUAUCCUUGAAUACGAUAAAUGCUUAGAGAAGGCUAAAUUUAAGUUAGACCAGCAUCUUCAAAAUCCUAAAUUAUUCAAAAUUUUACCAGAAUGGAAGAAAUGGACUUACUGUAAUGGUUUUAAAAAAGUGUUUGUACCUACGUGGGAAAAAUCAUAUUUAAAUGAGACGUGGUUAGACAAUUCCGGUAGUAAAUAUGUUGAAUACAUUUCCUGUUUUCAAGAUGAUAAUAUGUUGAAUUUGUUAUUCCACUUUCUCGAAUAUAACAGAGCGAAUUUAAAUGCAACGAGUAAAGACAAAAAAAUUUCUAUUAAAGUAUUUUAUUCUCUUAUUGUAAAGCAUGCAAGGAACAGUGUUGUACUUGAAACCAUAUUACGAAAAUUCUGGGUCAUCAUACCACAUGAAAUAAACUAUGCUGCCGCUUUAACCGUUAUCCUCAACCACAUAUAUUCCGUACAGCUGAUUGACAAGGUGAGUGUGUUCUUAGAGCAUGGAGGAUAUAUAUACUUGGGACCACUAACGUCGAAAGUUUACCUCAAGAUAAAUACACGUAGGUCAGAAAUUGAGAAGCAGAUCGACUAUUUUCAGAAGCUCAUAAAACGACAUUUUUCUAACCAUACGGAGAUGGCUAAUAAGACUAUGACCAUGACACGUUUGAUAGAUGUUCCAUUCCCUUGAUGAAAGGAUAACAUUUCCGCCACGUAGGUGCAAACGUCCCAAGAUAUAUUCUGGACCUUUUUUCUUCAAAACAUGCUGCAUUGGAAAUUAUAUUAUAUCUUAAUGUCUUCUUUCUAGCUUGUUUAUAUUUUUAAUCUUAACUAUUCUGUCUAUACUAAUAAUUUCGUACAAUUAAUAUUAUUAUUGUUCUUAGAUUAUUGCAUGUGAUUUUUAAGACUAUUUAUUUUCUGAUAGUGUAAACAAUUUUUUUUCGUGAAAUUGUAUUUCUACCAAGAGAAUAGUUUAUCUUUUUGCAUUGAUGUAUUUAGUUAAUUUAUUAUGCUUAGAGGAGAAAUAUGCAUUUAGCAAAUUUCUUCUCCAUUAAAUUUUUGGAUAAGAUAUGUACAAAUGUAUAAUAAGGUCUUUGUAAUUAAUAACAGGUGUAUAAAUACGUUCUUUGACAUGUUUCAUGCAGAAAUUCAAAUAUAUGGUAGAUACAUAAAUAAAGGACUGUAAGAUAAAUAAGA